CAGGCACAUUUUCUUCCCUCGCAUGACCCCACAGGGAAGGCACAGUAUAAACAGCAGCCCCGGCUCCCUGGCAGGCAGGGACCAGCAGCUCUGCUCCACCAGAACUCAGCACCAUGAAGCUUCUCACGGGCCUGCUCUUCUUUUCCUUGGUCCUGGGAGCCAGAGGCUGGUUCUCGUUCUUUGGCGAGGCUGCUGGAGGGGCUUGGGACAUAUUGAGAGCCUACUUUGACAUGAAAGAAGCCAAUUACAAAGAUUCAGGCAAAUACUUCCACUCUCGGGGGAACUAUGAUGCUGCGCAGAGGGGACCUGGGGGUGUCUGGGCUGCAAAAUUGAUCAGCAGUGUCAGAGAGAGUGUCCAGAAACUCACAUGCGACGGAACAGAGGGCUCAACGGCCCAAAAGGAUGCCAACGACUGGGGCCGGAGAGGCAAUGACCCAAAUCACUUCAGACCCGAAGGCCUGCCCGACAAGUACUGAACUUCCUCUUCUCUCUGCUCUCAGAAAGAGAGAGUUUGUGGCUCCCAAGCACGUGGCUCACAUCUGCUGGGUCAUCUUACCCCUCCCCUCAGAGCUGGUUUCACAUGUGUCAGUUCCCCUGCUGGACUGCCGGCCCCUCUAACAUAACUAACAUGUGGACAGCAGUUUAUAGGUCAUAAAAAUGAUUUCCUUUCUA